AUGUCACAGCAUGCUUCACCUAUAUCAGCUUUCACCGAACUCGGUGCUACUUUUCAAGAAACUAUUACAAAUGAAAAAUUAUCUAUGGUUGUUGGUCAGCGACAUAAACCUGCCAUGACGAAGAAGAGGACUGCAAAACAAGAAGACUCCGACGAAGACGACGGAUACUUGAAUGAACCGGUGGCUUAUCGCCCUUAUCCGGUUACCAAUACGAAAAUCAAAAAGACCAAGUAUUCCACUUCUCUAGAUCCCAGAGGUUAUAUCCCCGAGAAUGGAUAUGUUCACUUCACGGGCAUUUGGAAAGCCCUUGGGAACAAUAAAGCCGAUAUUGCUAGGUUAGUGGACACUCACCCUGACUUGGCUUCAACAAUCAAGAAGGUUAGAGGUGGAUUUCUUAAAAUCCAAGGAACCUG